AUGGCGGUUUCACUUGACAUGUUUCCAGUGACUUGUCAAGUCAUUGGGUCCGCGUGCAUAAUAGAGUACAUGUGCACCUUCGACACGCAUGUGCCACAUCAUCGUCUUGUACCACGGGACACAUCAUUAGAACCUUUUAGUGAUGAUGAGGAUGACAUCCUCACACAAUAUGCAGAUGAGGAUGAUGACAACUUAGAG